AUGAGUAUUAAGGACCGGAAACCGAUCGUAUACCCAGCACUUUUAUCCAAAGUAUCCGAAGCAUUUCGCGAACGUGUCAUUGUCAGCACCAAGACCAAGGAUAACAUUGAAUACUCGAAUGCAUUUGAUGGGCGUGAGGCGGUGGAUAAACUUGCAUACAUAAUCAAGACCACAGAUCGCAACUUGGCACUAUUAUUGGGUCGCUCGCUAGAUGCCCAAAAGUUCUUCCAUGAUGUGAGCUAUGAACAUCGGUUACGCGACUCAAGUCACGAGUUAUAUCAGUUCAAUUCGACCCCAUCGACCACCACCGCCGUCGGCGACGACAUGCCACCCUGUAGCCCGGCAACCACUUUGCAUGACGACGACUUCACAGAAGACCUUUCGAGUGUCAACUUUGCAAACGAUGCUCCAAAUAACAAUAGCUGUGAUGUAGGCACGCCUAAUGCCGUUUUCACGGUUUUGACCGAUUGUUAUUCGUCCACAUGUACGCGUGAUAAACUUUGCUACAGCGUAUCAUGCCCUAGACGCUUAGAGCAAGCUCGUUCCACUAGACGACCACAACAUGGCCGAUCAAGCAGUAAUACUUCUUUAUUGUUUGCGGAAGAGGAGGAACGUCUUUGGGUUUACACGGUUCCCAAACCGUUGGUUGAAACGAUGAGCAAACAAGAAAUACGCCGCCAAGAGAACAUAUAUGAACUCAUUUAUACUGAAAGAGAUUUUGUCAAUGAUCUGCUUUAUCUUAAAAAGUAUUGGAUUGAUCCCUUAUUAGACGAGCCUAUCAUCUCUGAUGAUCUAAGCGACCGUCAAGAGUUCGUCGAGCAAGUGUUUUGGAACGUGAUGGAAGUCUACAGGGUCAAUUCCGAACUGCUACAGGCUCUGUUGAAACGACAGAUGAUACGUCCAGACGUACAGCAAAUAGGUGAAGUGAUGGUUACAUACACUGCAAAGUUUGAACCAUUUGUUCGAUAUGGUGCCCAUCAAGUUAUUGGCAAGCAUAUUUUUGAAACAGAAAAGUCCACAAAUUCUGAAUUCGCCAAAUUCGUUCAGAAAACCGAGCGAUUGAAGCAAUCACGUAAAUUGGAGUUGAACGGGUAUCUUACCAAACCAACAACGCGGUUAGGAAGAUAUAAUUUACUUUUGCGUGAAAUUUUACGACAUACACCCGAAGAUCAUCCAGAUCAAGAAAAUCUAUCCAAGGCAAUGAAGAUCAUCAGUAAUUUUCUAACAGCUGUCAACCGUGAGACGGGCAAGACUGAAAGCCGGCAUAAUAUAUAUUUGUUGGAGCAACGUUUGGUAAAUCAUCGACAGGCUGAUAUGGACCUGGGACUAAGGGCUGAGGAUCGACAAUUGGUUCUUAAGGGCGCAUUGAAAAAGAAGGGAUCUGGCUCAGAGUCAUCAGAUAUGCUUCUCUUUUUAUUGGAUCACUAUCUCGUGAUCACCAAGCAGAAGUUUGCCAAUAACACCGAGUACUAUAAACUGUAUCGCAAGCCAAUUCCUCUUGCUUUACUUUCUGUGUCAUUCCCGGAUCUAACGAAGCGCUCUAGCUCAAUAUUACCAUCAUACAGUCGCACAAGCAAAGAUUCGUUUACGUCUGUCGGCAGUAUGGAUAGCAUUACAGCCGCAACGCCUCCUCCGCCAUCUCCUUCAGCUAGCACCAACACCAAUAGUGGUAGCAAAUCUGGUUAUCCAUUAUGUUUCUCACACCUUGGCAAACACGGAACGGCUCCAAUUACUCUCUUUGCCGCAACGAUGGCGAUCCGCAGGCAGUGGAUUGUUAAGAUCCAGAGCCAGCAGCAGGCGUUUAUGGAAAAGAACAAGAUUAUUGAGUUAGUUCCUAUCAAUGGCGACUUCUUUACUGCGUUUAACAAGGUUCGCUGUGCCGCAGGAUAUGAUGGCGGGAAAUCGUUGGUAUUCGGCAGUGAUCAAGGCGUUUAUGUCAAGAGAAAGAACAGCUUUGUUCGGAUCUUGGCAAUGGAGAAAGUAUCUCAAAUUGAUGUGCUCGAAAAUGGAGCAAAUCGGCUCUUGCUGGUGCUUGCGGAUAAAGUGCUUUAUGCUUAUCCAUUGGAUACCCUUCUUCUGGAUCCUGAACUUGCUGGCAGCGGACGAAGCAGCAGCAGUAAUCGACGCGGCAAUGCGGGUCGCAAGAUCAACAGUCAUGUAUCGUUCUUCAAAAUUGGAAAGAUUCAACGGUCAUCUGCUGCUGAGAAAACUUUGGUAUGCUUUGUACGUCAGAAUGCCAUGACGUCGACGAUCCGCGCUCUGGAACCACAGCAGCAUCAUCUCGGCAGAUUGAUACGCGGUCCACAGGAUUCACUUAAAGUCUAUAAAGAUCUCUAUAUACCCGGCGUAGCAUCGUCUAUCCAAUUUUUCCGAAAUAUCAUUUGCGUGGGCUGUCCCAAAGGCUUUCAGAUGGUUGAUCUUGCAUCCACCGAGGUCCAGAGUGUUUUGGAUCCUAGCGACACUCGUCACCAAUCGAUACUUCAGCGUGAAAAUUUGAAACCAAUCACCAUGUUUCGUCAUGAUGGCAACAUUUUACUAUGUUACAACGAAAUUGCUUUCUACAUUGACAAGAAGGGCAGGCGCGUUCGAGAAGACUGGAUGAUCUGCUGGGAAGGCAACCCUGUCUCAUUUGCAUUCCGCUUCCCUUAUAUCAUUGCCUUUGAUCCAACUUUUGUCGAAGUGAGACAUAUUGAUACUGUAAGUGAGGAUGGCUAUGCGGUUAUGGAGUGA